AUGCAUGAUAUAUGUGUAUAUGCACAUGUCUCGGAAAACGCCGAAACAGCGGUCUUAACAGUAAACCACUUAAAGGACAUCAAGACUCAGUCCUCUCCGUUGCAUAUUCGCCAGACGGGUACAUGCUGUUCGACGGUCACCAAGACAACGUCUAUUCUGUUGCGUGUUCCCCGGACGGACGGCCCGGGCAUAUCAUCUCUUUCGUCUGACAAGACGGUGAGGAUUUGGGAUGCUCAGACGGGUGCACAGGUAUUUGCACCACUCCAAGGUCAGCAAGGCGAUGUCUGGUCUGUCGCAUAUUCGCCAGAUGAGCGGUACUCUGUCUCGGGAUCUUCUGGAAAGACUGUAUGCAUUUGGGAUACCCAGAAAGAUGGACGAUAUAUUGCCUCGGGAUCUGAUGAUGCGACGGUGCAGAUUUGGGAUGCCCAGACGGGUGCACAGGUGGGCGCGCCACUCGAAGGUCAUCAAGACUCGGUUCAAUCUGUUGCUUAUUCGCCGGACGGGAGGCAUAUUGUCUCUGGGUCAGAUGACAAGACACUGAGGAUUUGGGAUGCUCAGACGCGUGUGCAACUGGGCAGACCACUCGAAGGUCAUCAAGGCUGGGUCCGGUGUGUUGCUUAUUCGCUAGACGGAUGUCAUGUCAUCUCCGGGUCUUCUGACAAAACGAUUCGAGUUUGGGAUGCUCAGACGGGUGCACAUGUGGGCCCACAGCUUGAUGGUCAUCAAUGGUGGGUGUUUUCUUUUGCCUUUUACCUGGGCCGAUACUAUGUUGUCCUGUCUUUGGUUGACCAAGAUGGAAUUGACAAGUACAGCACUGUACGCGAACUAUCUGUCAACUGUGGCAGCGGACGGAUGGAUUCAGACUCCGACAGGUGGUCUGAUACUGUGGAUUCCGCAUGA